AUGCCCACUCCACUCAAGCGCAAGCGCAAGGCGGGCCGCACCUCUGCCCCAGCCGCCACCACCACCACCAAGACCGCAUCCACCUCCGCCUCGACCCUCCGUCCCUCUCGCUCCUCUCGCUCUCUGCGGCUGCCCUCCUCGCCCGUCACCACAGCCGCCGAGCCCCUCUUCCGACGGGGUCCUUCAUCUUCUCCCAUCGACUUGACCACCACCGCAUCUACCUCUCCCACCGCCGCCGCCGCCGCCACCACCUCAGCCACCACCUCAGCCACCGCCACUGCACCCUCUUUCCGACGCCCUCCGCCCUCCUCGCCAUCACAGUUCGUCUGCUGGGUCGAGAUCCCGCCACCGCCACGGCGGCGCGGCAAGACAGAGUACAUCUUUAUCGACGACGACCUCUCCAUCGCACGUUGCCCGUCCAAAAGCGCCCACCGCCCAUCGCCACAGGUCGCGAUCAAGCCUCCAAGGAUGUCGGACCCCGAAUCGGAUACGGGCGGCUUCUCGAUCGCCAAGAUCAAGCGGGCGCCCCAGCCACCCAAGCCCGUCGUCGAGAUCCCGGUCCACGACAGCUCCGACGACCAGGGCCCGCGUGCCUCCAAGUCGCAGUCGCGUAAGGACUCGAGCCGUCACCCUUCCAAGAAGCCGCCAACAUCGUCGUCGUCGUCGAAGCGCAAAGCGGCGCCCUCGUCGUCGUCGUCGUCAACGCACAAGGGCAAGAGCAAGAGCAAGCACCGCGCCGAAGGCAAGGCAUCCCAGCGGCUGGACCGGGAAGGGCGAAGCAAGAAGAAGAAGCAGCGGCGCGAUCGCGCAAGCCGAGGUAGCGAGCCAGACGACUCGGACGAUGGCGACGACGUGUCCAACCUCAAGUCCUACCUCAACGACGACGCGCUCGCCCGCUCCUCGGGAUCGACCCACAAGGCCGACUUCCGCAAGCACCUCGAAAAGAUGCGCAAGGACCGCGAGCGCCUGCGCAGAAGGAGGGAGCUGCUCGGUAGCGAAGACGACGACGAUGACGACACCGCGUCCGGCUCCGACGACGACAGCGACGACGACGACGACGACAGCGACGCGUCCGGCCACACCAGCCUCUUCGGCUCGUCGGUCUCAGGAUCUGACGGCGAUCGCAGAAGGCGCAGCAGUGCCACCGAGGCCAAGGCCAAGGCUCAGGCCAAGGGCAAGGACAAGAAGAGGCACAAGGGGUCGAGCGCACCGCGCACGAGCAGCAAAGCGCCGCGCAUCAACGACGCCGUCGACGACCAAUCCUCGACGCCGUCCGAGUGGAGCAGCGAAAUUGAAGAUGCCAGCAGCGACAACGGCGCCAGCUCGGACCCAGAAGACUUUAUCGUCGGCGACGACCUCGUCGAGACCGAGGACGGCAAAAAGAUCCGCACCAGCAAGGCGGACGCGGCCAAGGCAUCAGGCUUGCGGCGGCGCCUCCACCUGGCCGGCGGCCUCGGCAGCGGCGGCGGCGGCGUCCUUGCGGCGUUCGGACUCGGGCACGCGCGCCUCGAGUUCGAGGACCUCUGCGGCCUGUGGAUCGAGUGGGCCGUGGUCCGGAUGCUCAUCCCGUUUGGCAACGUCUCGGCCGAGGACCGCGAGCGACUCGAGCGAGGCCGCGGCCAGCUCCGGAACAAGAUGCGCUCGGCCGAAGAGGCGCUGACGUCGUCGGCCAUGCGCCGCCAGUUUUCGUGGUACCUGCGCGAGUACCCCAAGGUGACGAUCAAGCUCGUCUUUGACGACGAGAUCCGCAAGAUUGGCGGCCUGGCCAAGCGCGGCUGCGGCGCCUGCCACCGCCGCAACCAAGCUUGCUCGCACCUCGUGCGGUUCGAGGGCCGGCGGUACGACCAGGAGACGCUCGGCAAGCGCGAGCCGCGGAGCGACGACGACAGCUCGUCGGAGUCGGACCGCAGCGCCGACGGCGAGAACCUCGCCGAGUCGGACGUCGACGACAAGAACCGGCGCGCCAAGCGCUUCUACGUCGGCACGCACUGCGCAUCGCGCGCGUCGGCCAUGCACGCGAUCCACCACUGGGAGUGGGCCGUCAUGCAGGGCCUCAACCGGCACCCGGCCGUGCAGAGGGUCCGGGACGACGUCGAGGCCCGCGGCGGCGUCGGCAUCGAUGGCUCAGAGGGGCCGGGCGCCGAGGACGUCGAGCUGUGCGUGAGGGAGAUGAGCGACGACCACGCCCCCGGCGGCGGCGAGCGCCAGAAGCUCGUGCGGAAGCUCAAGAAGCUCCUCGCCGAGGCCGAUACCGUCAACCGGCUGCAGUAG